AUGGCAUCAAUUAUCACUUCUGUCAAAGACCUUAUUACCUCCAUAUUUGAGGUGAUAUUCUCUGUCUUCAAGAGCAUUCUGGAUACCGGGUAUCAGCUGCUCAUGGCCUUUGUCAACUUCUUCGCUAGUAUCCCCAAGAUGCUACAGCAGAUGGUGAAGGGCAGUUUGGAAGCUGCAGGUGGUAUUGGGUCAUUCAUUGCUAGCAACAUCGUUGUUAUAGCCUUGAUCGCCCUUGGCAGCUAUGGUUACCUGGCCUAUCAACGUCGUCAGGGUCGCCCAUUGCAGGCUGGGUCCAAGAAGUUGAACUAA